UAGAAUUAAAUCUCUAACUUACAAGUAAGAUGAGCGCUAUUUCUCGUAUUGAGAGAAUUGUUUGAAUAGCUAAGCAUCGCUGAAUCUCAGCAGCAGCCAAGAAAAAAAAUCACAUUUAGUCAUAUUAGUAUUGAAAGUGAAAAUGAUUCGAUCAGUCGCAAAAAGAUUAGCUUUAACUUACUUAAUUAUCUGUAUUGAAAUUAAUGCACAAACAAUCAUAAACAGAUUUAAUCAUUAUGGUGAGUUACAUUAUCGGAAAGAACAUCGAGUGAUUACAAAUGAGUCGCAGCCUUUCCUUGAAUUUACAUACGACGAUUAUAGUCCCACUGGUCCUUCAUCAUGGCCUGGUGAUUGUAAUUUUGGUUAUCGACAGAGUCCAAUUAUUUAUGAUCAAGUUGAUGCAAUUAGUGCUUUGGAAAGAGAACCACUAAUAAUGACUGGUGCUUACAAUGUAUUACCAACUGAAGUGCAUGUGAUAAAUAAUGGACAUGGUGCCACAUACUCAUUUGUAUUUGAAGACAAUGCUGUACCACAAAUUACAGGAGGUCCAUUGAAUAGACAAGUUUACAACUUUGCAAGCUUCCACUUUCACUUUCCAUGCGAGCAUUUGCCUCAAAAACAUAAAAAUAAAUGCCAACUUGAACUUCAUUUUGUGCAUUACAAUUCAAGAUAUAAUUCAGUGGAGGAAGCAACAAAUAAACUAGACGGCUUAGCUGUUGUUGGAUUGCUAUAUGAGGAAGCUAAUCAUGAUGCAAAUAUCAAAUUUCCAUACCUACAAAUGCUGCAACACGUUUAUCAACCAGACACUGAUUACACUGAACGAAAUAACGUGUUUACGUACGCCGAUGCACUUGGAUUUACGGAAUUUCCAUUAUUUGUUUCGUAUCAUGGAGGAUUGACUACGCCUGAGUGCUCCGAAUCUGUCUCAUGGAUUGUUGUUGACAACCUUUUUCCAGUUUCUCAGCGUAACUUAGAGAAAUUCUACAAAAUUCAUGACAGCAAAGGAGAAAGAAUCAAACGCAAUAAUCGUCCAAUUCAGCCAUUAAAUGACAGACUUAUUCAUAUUUUUUCGAAAACGCCGUUCAGUAUUAAAACAGAGAUGAAUCUUAAAGCAAUUAUCUUACUUAUUAUAAUGAAAAAAAUAAUAAAUUCAUUGCCAUGGCCAGAAGAGGAAGAAGAACCCAAAGUUGAAGAAGAAACUACAUCAGUUCCGACAACAUUAGUGCCUGAAACAUCAUCAAUUAUAUCAACAACAGUCAAACCUUCUCAAAAUUAUUCAUAUAAUGAUAAACUAGAUAAUGGACCAUCAAACUGGACUGGAUUAUGUGCAACAGGACUAAGACAGAGUCCGAUAGCUUAUGAUCAAGCAAAAUAUGAGAAGAAGGUGGUUAGACCAACAAUUAUUAUGUCUGGUGCAUACCAAAAGAGACCUGACAAAGUGCGGUUAUUCAAUAAUGGACAAGGUAUUGCAGUUUCCUUCAUAUUUUCUAAUGAUUCAAUUCCAAAAAUCACUGGAGGUCCACUUGGGAAUGAAACUUAUGUUUUUGAUAGUUUUCAUUAUCAUACGCCAUGUGAGCAUCAAUUCGUGCUGAAUUCACAAGCUUGUGUUUUAGAGCUUCAUAUGGUGCAUUUUAAUGAGAAGUAUGAGACAUUUGAAAAUUCAACAGACAAAGAUGACGGACUUGCUGUUGUAGGGAUUUUAUAUAUUUCAACAUACACAGAAACUUUACAAAUCUUGCCAUUUGUGCCGAUGUUGAAGAAUAUUAUUGAGCCGAAUUCUGAAUAUUUUGAGGAUGAUCCAGAAAAAGUAUUUUCCUACUUUGAUGUAGUUCAUAUGAUGUCAGUGCCUAGGGUUGUGUCUUAUAAAGGAUCAAUGACGUUUCCAAACUGUUCGGAAGGAGUGACAUGGGUCAUCCUAGCAUCACCAAAUCUAGUCCUAGAAUCUGACAUGAGACAAAUUAGAGAAAUUAAAGAUGUAGAUGGAAAUAGAAUUUUGCGAAACAAUCGACCGACUCAGCCACUGAAUGGAAGAAAGGUUUACCUUUAUGCAGCUUUUUAAGCAUACUUAUCAUCUUGUAGGAAGUCUCAACAAGGUCAGAAUGUAGUGUGUUUGUGGCAACAUGUAUUUAAAUAUUAUUGUUAUUGUGAGUAACUUGAUCAAUAUUGAUUCAGUUUGUGUUUUAUUUCAAUAAGUGAAUGACAGAACUUUGAGAAAUGUGUAAAAAAGUAAUGACUUAUUAAAAUCGAUUAAAUAUAAUCACC